CUGUCCCAUUGCAAGACACCGGUAUCCAAAAACCAAUUUACAAAGCCAUGGCGUCUACCUACCUGCUACCAUAUCCUCUCCCAUUGACUCCGCCUCCAGCGUUCGCAUCCCGCUGCCGCGUCCCGAUGGCCUCCGCCGCCCCCCUCGGGGUCACGGUGUCCACAUCGGAGAGUGUUGGUCAGAAUGAUUUGCUGAUUGUUGGGCCAGGUGUGCUUGGUCGAAUCGUAGCUGAGAAAUGGCAACAGGAGCAUCCAGGUUGCAAAAUUUUUGGCCAGACUGCAACCACAGAUCAUCACAGUGAACUAACUAAAAUUGGGAUAAUUCCCUCCCUAAAGGGAUCCAGAGUUGGUCAGAAAGUCCCAUACGUUAUUUUCUGUGCUCCUCCAUAUCGUACGGAUGAUUACCCUGGAGAUCUUAGAGUUGCAGCAUCAAACUGGAGUGGGGAAGGUUCUUUCCUUUUUACAUCAAGUACUGCUGUGUAUGACUGCAAUGACAAUGGAUUAUGCAGCGAGGAUUCUCCUUGCGUGCCAAUUGGUAGGAGCCCUCGUACUGAUGUCCUUCUGAACGCAGAAAAUGUUGUCCUUGAGGCAGGAGGCUGCGUCGUCCGGCUAGGAGGACUUUAUAAAAUGGAUCAAGGUCCUCAUGUUUUCUGGCUGUCCAAAGGAACUGUAGAUGCACGACCAGAUCUCAUAAUCAAUCUGAUCCAUUAUGAAGAUGCUGCUUCUCUUGGGAUUACCAUCAUGAAGAGGAGACUUCGUGGUCGUGUCUUUUUGGGCUGUGACAGCCAGCCUCUGUCCAGGCAACAAAUAAUGGACCGUGUCAACAGGAGUGGGAAGUUUGACGGCAAGUUUGAGGGCUUCACAGGGACGGAUGGUCCAUUAGGGAAGAGGAUGGAUAAUUCCAAAACUCGAGCUGAGAUCGGGUGGCAGCCCAAAUAUUCUAGCUUCACAGAGUUCCUUGGUCUCAGCAAUUGACAUCUUGCCAACUGCUACAUACCUCUGAUUCCAGAUAUAUAAAUCAAUACAGCCGAUCUGAUAGAGGAUACAACCUAAGUAUGAAUUUCUUCGACAGUUGUCUUAUGUUCCUUUCGCCUUCUUAUGUUAUGCUAAUGUAAGAACCGGAUUUUAUAUAGUAUAAUAUAAGAUGGUGCAUUUUGGAGCUCUA